AUUUCACAUACGGUCUUACGGCAAUUAUAUCGAAGUGCGGCAAAUCAUCACUUUAAUUUACACUUAGGAAGAAGCCCCAGCAAUUAUACUCUGCGGCGUGCAUAACUCACAUUGAUGAGCGAUGGGGACAAUUAUUUAAAUCAGAUUACGACAGGGAGACAAUUGACAAAUGAAUAUUCGGCGGUGGAUUAGACGAAGAGGAGGGCGGCGUGCGGCGUGGCGGAGGGGAGCAUUGAUGGCUUCGACAAAGAGGAAAUUUGAAUACUCAUCUUGUAAUUUCCAGCCAUCACGGAUAAGGGCCUAUUGUAUUCACGGGCCGGUAUUUGGGGCGUGUCCCAUCCAUAGGAGAGCCCUCACAUAUUGUCUAUUCUUAUAAACGUUCAAUAUUGUUCUCGGCGGAAGGAUUAUUAACAGGCGAGGAUGAGAAAUAGUGCAGUCCAAUCGACGAUCACGAGGAAUUCGUGACCUAGUUCAUCCCGCUAAUGAUAAAUAUUUCGAGGAAUCAGGCAUCCUUCCUAAUCUCCAUCAUAGAAUUAAGUAAAGACAACGCCUUAAGCUAUUCAAAU